AUAUUGAGGGUGGACCGUUUCUUCUCCCUCUUCUUUCUCUCCAUAAAUACGGUCCCUCUCCCCUCUCCUUCUUCACGCUCACACGCAACUCUUCACUUCUCCUGCCUUUAUCCCUACCGAAUCAUCCUCUCUUCUUCCCAAGACCUUUACUCUCGCUCAUCAUGAAGAAGACAAUCUCCAAGGUUUCCAAGAUCUUCAACGGCGGCAAGAAAUCCAAGGAGGACGAGAAUGUUUCCUCCAUCACUCCUGCGCAAUUGGGGGAGAUGAGGGGAGUCAUUCCUCCUGAUUAUGGCGUCCAGGAAGCCACGGGUACUACUUUGGAGUGCAAUCCUGACAUCUCCCGCCGACUGGUCGUCCACUACGACUCGGUUAGGAUGGGAUGCCGCUUCCCUCUCCAUCCUCUCUUGGUCGAACUUUGCAACCGCUACGCCAUACCUCCCGGUCAGAUUUCCUCAAACUCCCACGAGAGUCUUUUUGGCUUCUUGGCGCGGUGUCACAAGAGAGGCAUCCAACCCACUCUGAAGCUCUUCCUCUCUUUCUUCCGUCCCCACAAGUAUGAUGGCGAGUUGGGCCGGGGGUUCGUGAGCUUCACGGCCCGGACCGAUAUGCAGUUUUUGGAUAGCCCGGUCGACAAACUUGACGAUUGGUUCCGCCGCUUCUUCAUGGUGGUAGUUCCCGAAGAUCUUCCCUUCCCCAACAUGUGGCGGAAGAAGGAAGAUAAGUUCCCUUCUCACCUUUUUCCCCCUCGCGACUCGGAGCUCGAGGGGGUCUUCCGUCUUCUUCGCAAGAACGGCUAUCCGGUCCCCCGCGCGCUCCUCCUCAAGGACUCGUAUUUUCGGGGUCUCGGAUUCUGGGUGUCUCCCGAUAUUCCUCCUCAAGAGCCGUUGGGAGACACAACUUCCUCUUGGGUUCCUCCUUUCAGGAGCACUCGACUCCGUUGGCGAUCUUCUCGAAGGGAUCCUUCCCCGGAGGAGGACACCGAGGGCGAGGAAGUAGAGUCCGCGACGGGGGCCCUAUCUCUGGCGCUUGCCCACCAACCUCCCCUUUCGGAAGAGGUGGUGGUUGAGGACGUCUCCGAAGAUGAUGGCCUCUACGACUUCCCUCCGGGGACCCUGAGGCGGCUUGCGGCCAAGGUCGGGCAACGUGAUCUAAACCGGAUUCAUGACCUCAAGGAGAUAGAAUUCCUGAGGAGGGACUUGGAGCGGCAGGUCAGAGAGCGUGAAUUGCAAGUUCGAGAGGAGGCAGAGCUUCACCGAAGGAGAUCAGAGGAAGAGCUGGAGCGAACGUGGCGUCGUCGAUCCGAGGAGGAAGCGAGGAAGGCGGCGGAAGAGGUCGAGCAGAGGUGGCGCCUCCAACAUGAAGAAACGGAACGUCAACUUUCUCAACGGGUCAACGAGCUAAACCUGACCCUUAUGGAGGAGAGGCAUUCAGCUCGGAGUUCCCUUGAUGAGGCCCGGCGCUCGCUCGAGAACGAGCGUCUCACAUAUGAGGGACAUAUGGCUCGGAUGGAGUCUGAUCGCAUUUCAGACUAUGGCCGGGGUUUCUAUCGUGGAGGUUUGGAGGUCCAAGAACAAUUUUAUCGUGGACUGGAGCCUUACUCUGAUGGACUAGAUCCUUGGCUGAAGUUUCCAGGGGUCCCAAAACCCAUGGGACCAGAGCCUUCUUUCCUUCGUUCUUCUCCCUCGCCUUGAAUUUUCAAGUCACUAUUGUACUUUGUUUAG